AUGGAAGGCACGAAGCCGGGUCACCGAAGUGAAGAUGAAGGCGUACAGUCCGAAGACGAUCUCUCGAAGGAGGAGAGCCUGCAAGAAGACUCUGAUACCACUGAGAGCACCCACAGGGAGCUCGAUUGGGAUGAAAUUCAGAGGCAAAUCCUGCAGAGAGGGAUAGACACAGCUCCAGCCUUGCCACAGGCAAGUCCUCUAGCCAGAUGGCUUGUGGCUAUAGCGGCAACCGGGAUGGACACUAGAGGCCUGUUCCCAUCACACGAAUUCUGCGCAGAAAUGGAAGAACUGCGUGACUUCAGGGAACAAGGCCCAGACUGUCCGUUUCCUUUGGGGGUGGAGAAGCCGCUAGAAGGGUCUCAUGAGGAAAUGAAAUCCUGGUGCAAGUUGGAGCUUGAAAUUGAUGGAGAGAACAUUUCCAUCCUGGACUUCUUGGCACGUGGUGGUGCGCGAGAUCUUCGAGCAGAACUAGCUCGUGUUGGUGGAACAGUUGAAGUCAAACGCACCUAUAUGAAGGACCAUGGGAUGCAGAAUCGAAUCUGGAAAUGCCACGCAAACCAGCAGCACACAGCCUGCAUCGGUCAUCAUGUUUGUGGUCCUCAUACAAGACAUGAUCUUGGCCUAGACAAUGCAGGAUUUGACGAAGAGCGUGCGAUUGUAUGGUCAAAGCUAGCGUCAGACAAUCACAGCCAAAUUGAGUAUGACCCUUCGGAUGAGCGAGGUAGUUGUUUCAGACGUGGAGUGAUGUACAUCGAUGGAUGCGCUGAACACCAUAUGGAUGACUCUCUUGAUCGUCUCUUCCGAAGUAUAGCACGUGACCUGAUUCAAGCGGGCCUGCCCAUGGGGCAGCUGCAAGCUGCCUGGCCCCAAUUGAUUCAACAGGAUCGAGUGACGAGCAUACCCUAUUGGCGUCAGCUACUGGAGAAAGUCCCUGCUCGUUCACACUAUCGCACAGAAGUUUCUGGAAGAGAACGUUGUACUGCAUUGGAGUAUGGCCAUGUCUUGUUUCGGCCCGAGUUUCAGCUCGUCGAUGGAAGACGGAACUUCUUCGGGCCCUAUGGUCUUGAACUGGUGCUUCUCUUCUUGGAUCCCCGAGAGAUUGAGAACAAUCCUUUCCUGCAGGUCUGCAUUGACCAAGAAUCUCAGGACAAGGAGCUAGCAGCAUUGAAAUCCGAAUUCGGCUCUCUGCUUGAUUCAAGGGGGUACAAAGGUCUCCACCGCUUUGUCGAGAAACUGGAUCAAGCUGUUGCGGGUCACCGCUUUGAAAGCCGCAAGUUGCGAUGGCAGACUAUGUUUGCUGUCUCCGAUCAGCUGCUAGAUUUCACCAGUCUGCAUCAUGGUUCUGUUGAUUGUGAAAGCCUGGAUGAUUUGAUCUUCAAGCAGCUAGAAUACAUCUGGGGUUUGUGGCUUGACUCAGCGCAACUUCCGCACAAACCACUCAAGGCUUUCUUCCUGUUGUUGCUCAAGGGUACACUCGGCCAAGAGAGAGAACGACAGUACCUGAAUGACCUUGGACAGGAAUAUCCAUGGGUACUUGUGAAAGAACACGCACUGUCCUUGGCGAGGAUGAUCAAAUUGAUCGGGGAUGAGCCUCUCCCAGCAUCUCUGUGUGGCCCGGGCCUUUGGAGGCCAAUGCUACAACGAUAA